UCAUGGAUGGACGCCAUAUUUAAAGCUAACCUAAAGCAGUGUCGUGGUCAGCUGUACAUGUUGCAUCGCUGCACAUGUUUGUUGCUCCGAUUUGCGAUUAUAAAGCCAAAUAAACUGAGAGCAUUAAAAAAGAGUUUCUUUUAUUGUGUGCAUUGUUAUAACGUAUUCCGACAGCGGGAGAUGGAAAAUAUCCUCGUCGAAAGCAAUAAAACAAAAAGUAUAAUGGAAGAAAACUCAAAGAAUAUAGAGCAUGAGACAGAUGAAUUAAAAUUCAAAUAUUUGCAAAGAAAUUUGAAUUUAGUCGAACGGCCUUCUUCGAAUUGGGGAUUUUCAAGAGGAAACGAUACAUUUUUUGGUUUUAUGAAGGCAGAAAGUGAUUUCAGUGUCAGAAAAAGAGUUGCUGUGUUCCCAAAUUUACAUAUUAAUAUUUAUAUUGAUGACAAGAUUAUGCCCUUUUCAAAACAUAUAAAAGUAACAAGUAUUGAUGAGAUGAGCGAAAUUUUGAAAACUAUGGAUUCAGUUUAAUUCACAUUCUGUAAAUAAUUGUACAUAUACAUCAAAUAUACAUUAACAAUCA